AUGACUCAAAUCCCAGCCCCUUCCAGUCAGACGGACACCUUAGUGUCCUUUCGACUGGAUAGUCUUAUAGACAUCCUGCAGGGACUUAGUCUCUAUGACAGGAAGGUGAUAUCUGAUGCAUUGUUGCCUGGUACCGGCGGUCAAGCAGUUGCUGAAGAACAUGUUGCUAAUGUGAUGGACACUUUCAGCAUCGACGUUUCUGCACCUGCUGCCGAAAGCUCCGUGGCUACCACCGUGAUUCCUUCCCCUCCCAUCAGUGCAGCUCCUUCCGGACCUUCCCCUACUACUAUUGCGGUGCCUGCUUCUGCCCUCGUUACUGUCCUCCUGGACUCUGAAGAGGAAGACUCCUCUGUCAACAAGGAUGCAGCUAAUGCAGCUGCGUCUCUCGCUGAGGACUCUACCCUCCUGUAUUACCACGGCAAGUACUUCAAUGUGCCUAUUGAAGUCAAGGCGCCACUCUACUAUAUCACGAGAGGUCGCUACAUUGGGGUCUUCUCAGGGUGGGACGCUACCGGCCCCAAGGUACUUGGUGUUUCGCGUGCCAUAUAUCACAAGGUAGAAUCUGUUGAGCAAGGUGCUGGGAUUGUGAGGCGCGCCAUAGAACGUGGCAAGGCGGCGCAGGUAGUUUAG